AUGGCACCACCUUUGGGGCACAGCCUCCUUCUGGCCAGCACGCUGGGCAUCUUUGUACUCCACGGCUUCUCGAGUGGGCAGAAGAACAGCACGCUGAUUUUCAUGAAGGAAAACACCAUUCGGAACUGUAGCUGCUCUGCGGACGCCCAGGACUGUGACUACAGUUUGGCCAACCUGAGGUGCAGCUGCAACACCGUGCUACCUUUGGCCCUCGAGCAAGCCAGCCACAUCGACCAUCUGACCAUCUGGUUCACUGAUGCAUCUGCCCUGGGCCUCCUGUUGAACUUCACGCUGGUCCAGGACCUGAAGCUUUCUCUGUGCAGUACCAGCACUCUCCCCGCUGAGCACCUGGCCAUCUGUGGUCUGAAGAGGCUUCGCGUCAACACCGAGGCCAGGCGCCCAUCACCAGAGCAGAGCCUACUCAUCUACAAAGGCGGGGAAAGUGAACCCAGACAGAAGCCUGUGUGGUUUCAAAGAGGCUGGCAAACAUGUAUGUACAUCUCAUUCUUAGAUAUGGCACUUUUCAAGAGGAGAUCAUCCUUAAAAGCCUACAGUAUUGAAGACGUUGCCCGCAUUGCCAACCAUUUUCCUUACUUGUCUUACUUCGAAACCUUCCCGAUUUUAAGCAAUAGGAGCUAUGUCAUCACGUUCAUUUACUAACGUUGUAAAAGAGGCCAACCGCCAGGAACUUUGGCACACUAUGGAUAACUUGAACAAGGAAUCUGGGAACGAGGCCAUGGGUAGCCUUACCUACAACUUCACCUGUCUGCCCAGCCCCCAUUCACCACAGAGCCACACGUACAACCAGCCCUCUCUGCUCUCCUCUCUGCCCAACCACGGGAGCUGUUUCGAGAAACAAAAGAAAAAGAAACACACAAAUAAACAAAAAAAAACACCCCCCCAAAACCAACCAAACAAACAGAACGACUUGAGUCCAGAAGGUCUUGAGAGCAGCCAGAGGUUGGGUCUGUGGAGAAAUAUCAGAUCAGAAAUGGAGAAAGCGCACACCAAGGACUGCCUAGAGGAACUCAGCACAGGGGAUGACCCCCAAGGAAGGUAUCUUCCUUCAAAA